UUUUUUAUUUUGUUAUUCUGGCAACAUUGAAGUUUUUCAAUUUUCAAACGGUUUUCGUUCGUUCGAUUUAUUUUAUGGCGAUUUAACAGUAAAAGUUUGUUAAAUUGUUGUUUAACUCAAAAAACUAUGUCAGUUUUCAACGAAUUACUGCCUAAAAUCUGUGAAAUUUCGAAAACAAUUAGAAAAAAUUUCAACGAUGACCUGAAGGUUGCGUUUGAACGGUUAGAUAAGUUUGAAGAGGAGUUUCAAAAAGGACGCACCAAGGCGCGGGAGAAAAUCGCAAAAGAUAAGAACCAAGGGCCAAUCCUUCAGAUCAUUAAUGAAGACGAAGAUGAAUUGGUAAAACACCCAUCAGAAACCAAUGAGAAGCCAAGUGACAAAUCCAACACAGACACAACCAGCAGAAGUUCAAUUGAAAGUAACUCUGAUAACACCCAAAGAGGAUCUAAAAAACGAAAUAAGAAUGAAGUUGAUGGAUUAUUUAGUCCAGAACAGGAUAAAAGAUUGAAAAGAAAUGCUUCUGUAAAAGCUCAGAGUAUUAUUAGCAAACAGGUGAAUGUAAAUUUAACUCAAAAACUGCGUAGAGAGAAUUCUUCAGCUAAAAAUGAUAAACAGAAUCAACCAAAAGAUGAUGACAAAGAAAAUGAACCAAUUUCAAACAUUCAGAUUAAACAAGAAAAGAUAUCGCUGCCUCCCGAGUCUAUGGAAACUGAAUCAUUGCCCUCAGAUAUUGAAAUAAAACAAGAAAAUGAUUUUGCUAUGCCUCCACCAGUUGCUCCAGUACCAAAACUUCGUAAAGCUGUUACUAAAGAGAAGUCACGUGAUGAAGGGAGUAGUUCCGAUGAAGGGACGCAAUAUAGGACCACAAGAAACAAGAAACAGGCUGACAUGAUGCCGCCACCGGUUGUACCGUCUGCCAGAUCAACUCGGGCCAGUUCCAGAGCAACAAGGAAUAUUGAAACAGAAGAUAGUUCUGCUGAUUCCAGAACUAAACGGACUCGAACUAAGAAGAAAGCAUCAGAAGCAGUGGCUGUUGAACUGGAGAAAAAUGAACUGACACAUAACAAUUCUAAUUCAAGACGAAUGAGGAAUAAUGAAACAGAAGAAGCACCGGUUGAGGGCAGACCUAAACGGACUCGAGCUAAGAAGAAGGCAUCGGAGCUAGUGGCUGCCGAGCCGCCACAAAACGAGACAACACAAGAAACUUUACCAGCUUCGCCCGCGGAAAAGCCACGACCAAAGCGCACGAGGAGACUACAAAAAGCUGCUGAGAAAGACACUCCGAAAAUUGAAGAAUCAUCUCCGGAAUUGAUUUCGCCUAAAGAGGAACGCUUGUCGCAACCAAACGAGAUUCAGUCGCCUAUUCUACAGAAAUCUAAAAUUGUGACUGCAAAUAAAACGAAUAACACGGAACAAACCAUCGAAAUAAACAACACGCAGGACACCGACGCUGCCGACACUCAUCAAGAUGGCGGCCUAACACAAAAUGGCGGACAGGAAGCGACGUCACAAGACGUAUUAGACGAAACGAAAGUGAUCCUAGCACCCAACGCUACGUUUAAUUUGAAGGAAAUGGAUAAGACAAUGGUCCUGCCGAAUGGAGUUUAUAACCAUGCUCCCGUAACACCUAAGAAUGUCGUUCAGAUGAACGAAACUGUCGUCCUGGAGAGACGCGCUUCCCAAACUGCGCCGCCGGGGAAAGAACAAAACGUAAUACUGGACGCCACAGUUGUUCUCGACAAAGGCACAAAAGUAAAUAUGACUGAGGACAAUUCAUUACUGACGGACGACAGCGACGUCCCGGAGACCAGCACGCCUCCCCGGCAAGAGGUGCCCGCCGCGCAACCCAAGUCCGCUGUGAAAGAGAAAGUGCAGCAGUUUGAAGAGCUGGCCUCCAGAGUCACCAGGACCAAGACCAGAGCCAUGGCCAAGAAGGAGGAGCGGCCCGAAGACCAUACCCCGCCCGACCGGAAGGCGAAGGCCGCGCUGUCAGCCGACACCUUGAGCAAGAUGAACUCUAUGAUCUUCAACGGGAAACUGCCACAGGUGUCCAGCUCGGCGUCGAAACCCCGGCCCGUGACCGCCACCAGCGCGAAGCCACCACUGCCGGCCUCCACGUCCAAGCUGAGCGCCGUCAGCAGAGCCCGGGAAGCCGCCGAGGAGUCCAUCAGGAGCGAGAAGGAAGACGCCAGGAAAAAGAAAGAGGCCAUGCUUGAAGCCAAGCGGGAGAUGCAAAAGCGUAAGCGCGAGGAGAAGAUGGCUGCUGCGGCCGCGGCACGAUCUGCCGCAGAGCUGAGCCGCGCACGCGCCGUACAGGACGCUGCCCGGGAGCGCGCGCAGAGACAGGCGCUCGCUGACAAGGAGCGCAGGGAGCGAGUCAAGGAAGUUGAGAGGAAGAAACAAGAGUUGGCUCGUAAAGUAGCCGAAACAGAAGAGCGACGUAAGGCAGAGGAGCAGGCCCGGCAGCAGCGGCUGGCGGAGGAGCAGAGACGCGCCGAAGCCGCCAGGAAGAAACAACUCGAAGAGGCUGCGGCAAUGGAAAAAGAAGCGGCGAUGAUGGCGAAAGAGAUUGAGAAACGACAAAAAGAAUACAUUGAAAAGAAGAAAAUGAAACAAAGGAUGGAGGAAAAAAUGCACACUCCACUAAAAAUGCAAGGAACACCAAGCCACACGUACCCAAUGGAACCUGUCUACAUGCAGGACGGCUUCCAGUAUCUCAACUCUGAUGAAGAUGAACCAUCCAAUCAUGGACACGUGCCCGAAUGGAGUACUAGCAAGGCUCGAAGACUACAAUUGUACGUGCAAACACAACUGUCUCAAAGUCACAUUGACAAGUUGUUCUCGGUUCGAGUCCACAGUCCUGAUUUGAGGGAGAUAUUCCCAAACAUAGACCGUUCUAGAUUGAAACGUACUUCUUCAGCGGUGUGGAGGACACCGCCUAACAGAUUACCAGCCGUACACGAGUGAAUUGUAAUGUACGAUAUGCAAAAUGGACAAAAACUAGAGUCUGCAGGCGGAGGAGUAUGUGUAAAUAAAUCAUGUUAAUAUUAUUUGGACAUGUUUUAAUCAAGAAGGAUUCAUCCCAAAUUCAAUGAUAUAAAUGAUUAUUAAAGUGCCAUUUUGAACACAAUGUUCGGUGUGGUUCCCGGUUGAAUAAUAUCGGUCUGUAUGUAAGUCCUUUCGAAUAAUCUAAAAGUUUGAAGCUAUAUUCAAACACUGAAAAAGCUCAUGGUAUGAAAUAAGUGACAUCUGAGGGACAUCCGCUCGACCAUAGAAACUACCCGCAUUCUGUUAAAAAAGUAUUUACAGAGAAAACAUUGAGAAUGACAUUGGCAAUACUUUGGUUUUUACUGGCUUUUUUCCGAGCUUAGCCAAUGUGAGCGAAGUCAAUGUUGACGAUGAAUAUUAAGAAUUUAACAAUCAUCUAAAUGAAUAUUUUAUCACAUCGAUAAUAUUAAAUUCUAUUAUAACAUAAUAGUAGUUAUAUGAGGAAAGACCUACUUAAUUGCACUGUAUGAACAUAUUUGUUGGCAUAUUGUUGUACAGUUGAAUUUACAUUCUAAAGCUGCUUUCAGACUACGCUAUAAUAUAAUAGCAUAUAGUAUAUAGCUCAUAGCACAACAAUAUCGCGCACCAUACAUUGUUAUGGACACGUUCACACUGUACUGUACUAUAUGGCUACUAUUAUUGGCUAAGUAUACGCUGCUAUACUAUAUGGCACUAUAGUAUAGCGUAGUCUGAAAGCAGCUUAAGACUUCAACGUAAGUUAAUAGCCGAAGUUUAUCAUCUUGCAAAUACGUAUUUUAAACACAUAUAUCAUGAUAUAAUUGAAUCCUUUGUUUGAACAAAACAUUUUCUUACAAAGAAUUUAUAAGAGGCUUUGCCGAACCCACCCUCAAAUCUUGUAGAUAUUAAUGUAGAAGAAAUUCAAUGAAAUUGUGACAUGAGGCUUCCCGUACAAAUUUCAUCGAUUGAAAUUUUUAGAAGUCGAAUCAAUUAAUGAAAUGUAAAUUAGGUAUUUGCUUUCUAUCUUCUACGCACUCUUGUAGCUUCAGAUGUAUCUCUCAUUAAGUUCCGAAUAAUGCCGCACCAUGCUCACUAUGAUGUAUUGUGUUGUAUUGUAUUAUAUUGUAUUGUAUUGUAUUGUACGGUGUUGUGUUGGAACUGGAAUGUCUCAACAUUGAAAAGAUACUUAGCACGAAGCAGGCCUUUUGUAUUCACUAACGUUUCACGCCUAAAAGCGUUUUAAAUUAAUCCUAAUAUAUCACAAAUAUUAUGAGACUACUAUUAAAAUAAUAUUUAAAUGUUAAAUAAUGUUAGGAGACUACUUUUAAAAUAAUAUUGAAAUUAUAGAUCUAAAACCUAUAGUCUAGAUUCAUGUUCCUAAGAAAAAGACAAAUGGAAACCACACAAAAUCUCUAUAUCACUCUAAAAAAAUAGAGAGAUCGUUGUACCCGGUUACUGAAUGUUCAAAAACCGCUUCAUAUAAUUUAUAUAUCUAUACUAGCAUAACAAAUUAAUAUUAUUAUUUUUUGUCAUUAUUAUUAGGGAGUCCAACACUCAUAAAUAAUGGCCCAUCCAUUGAGUACAUGUAUUUUCUACAUGAAUACCAAGUUUCAAGUCAAUCGGAUGCAUGGUUCAGUAGUUAUAAUGGAACAUCCGUAAAAAUCACUGUAGAUUUAUAUAUUAGUAUAGAUUUAUAUAUUUUAGUUAUACUAGAUUACGCCUUUCAUUUAAAAGCAUUUCUAUCUGAAUACAGCAAACGCGCGUUGCGGCACUGGAGAUAUAAAAAUGUGCAAAAUCUGUAGCCUCCUUGUAAAUUAGUCCCCUUUAGAUUUUAUCGGGAAUCGUAAUAUUUAAUUAGUGUACUUUAUUGAUAAACUAGUAUAUAAAAACUUAUUGAAAUAGUAAAUUGUAUUUACAGUAAUCGACCUUAUAACACGGUACUCUUAUAACGCAUUUUCAUAUUACGCGAUUUCAGUCUCUCGUAUAACCAGGGACGUCUUAAACUAGAAUGGGGCCCUUGGGCACACAAGAAUUUGAGGCCCUUUUGGAAAGUAAAAAAAGCGAAUUAUAAUAACAUUUUUUUACUGAGUAUGACCAUUUAUUAUAGGUAAUCAAAUACAGUAUGAUAUAAUAUGUCAUUAAUGAUAUUAAUGUUUUUUGGUUACGAUUUCGAUAACGGUUUUUUCGGGAUUUCUGUUGAGCAAAAUCUUCUAUUAUAGGCAUAGUAUAUUCCUUGUAAAUACCUUCUGAUUACUGAUUUCUGAAAAAAGUGAAAUGUGCCCGACAAAAAUGUUUUGAGAAUAAACGUGUGAGAGAAAUUGUCGGUCUUUCGGGGCCCCCUGAGAAUGGGGGCCCUGGGCAUGGGCCCCGUGUGCCCUUAUGGUAAAGACGGUAUUGCGUAUAACACAGGUAUUUUAUAUUGAUUUGUACAGUUCAUAAUUAAUUUCGCGUACAUACCUUAGCACUUGCAUCAAUUGUGUUGUUAUCAAAUUAAAUUAAUUUAUUAAAUUUGUGUUCCUAGUUUUUGAAUUGGAAAAACAUUGCUUAUAUUGUAUUAUAUAUGUAUAUAACGCGUUAUAUGAGGUCAUAUAAGCGCUUUAUGCGAGAAUACUCCUGUAACGCGGAAGCAAUCUACCGUGUUAUAGGGGGGAUUACUGUAUUAAAGUCUUAAAUUUGCUACUUCCUUUAAAUUGAGGGAGGGAGGAUAUAAUAUAAAAUAGUUUGAUAAUUUACGCCUUAAUAAUAAAUUUAGAUAUUAAAUAGGUUUUAGUGAACUUGUUGUAUGCAAGACUUGCUUUGUCAUCGUUUCAUAUGUACCCGAUAAAUAUAUAUUUAGUCAAGGAUAUGUAUCGAUAUACGCUGUGAGCACUUUCCAGUGCUUUUACUGAGAAGAAAUUCGUAAAGUUAAGGGACUGACCGUAUAAAGUAUUCUAGGGACGUAUAUGACGUCACAAUCAUGGCCAAUCUUCUACUGUAUGUAUUGCAGGCGUUUUUGAGGAAAGGGCUCUAAGGGUGCUUUGAUAGCGUGAUCAAUUUUACCUUGCACAACCUCAUUUCGAUAAUUCAAUUAUUAAGUUAUUAUACAUACAUUAAAUUGCUUGAAAAACAAUAUUUUCUUUUACUAAAAAGUAUACCUACUUUUAUUACGCGAUUAAUUGAACUGAAAAUAACUGGAAUAUUCAAUUUUUAAAUAUAACUAGAUUUGAGCAUAUUUUUUUUUGUUAAUUUGAAAAUAUCGCAAAAAAACUUCGAUAAGAGUACUGCGUUCCGUUUUAAACAGUGACCACUGUGCUUGCCUGCCUUUGCCGCUAGGGGCGCUGUUUCAACUGCAUACAAAUUCGAGUUAACUUUGACGCUAUCGAGAGCGUUAAAUAAAUUACACUAGGCACAUUGUAUUGCUAACUAUAAAGGAACGGCUUCACAGUAUAGUAAAUUGACGUCACAACUUCAGUGCUCGCAGUGCAUUUCGGAACGUGUCCAAAUAAAUAUGAACUAACCAUUGAGCAUAUCUAUGAAGUAGGUCGAGGUAUAGAGUACGUCGAAUUGUCAGUACAUGACUAUAGCCAAAACAAUAGUCCCAAUGACAUUUAUAAUUUAUUAAUAUUUUUGUUGUUUAUGCUGUCUCUACAUAAAUUAUAACGAAUUGUCGCUCGAGGUCUUGUUUUAUAUUAAUUUUAUAGUUAAGACUGUUAUUUAAUUGUGAGUUAAUUACAUAUUCGAUCUAUAUAAGCCAAUAAAAAUUACAUGGAGUAAUAUCA